GCCAUGAGCGAUGCUGUAGGUACCUCUGGAGUCCCACAAUACAGACACACAGUGAUGGCGGGGAAGAAAUGCUGUAUGGAGCUGGGUGUGGGUGUGACAGAUGCUGUUUUUCAAUCAGCUGUUCUGCAGAGUGGCCAGGCUGCACCAUUGCAGGGACCAACAGCGUCAGGUGCUGCCACUCCACAGUCUGUCCUGGUAGAGCCUCUCUUUGCCAACUGAGACAACAAGGUGUUUAUGGACUCACAAGAGUAACAUGAGACAAUGAAUACACAGGAAGUGCCUGUUUGGUGUGCAACGUUCAGAAUCAGCCCAUUUCUGAGAACAGGAAAAUGAAACUAAAUUUGUCUCUUCUCUGCAGAAGCAGCCAUGGCUGCUGCAAAUCCAGCACAACCGCUCCUAGCUGAACUGACUUGUUCAGUGUGUACAGAUUAUUUUAAAGAUCCAGUGUGUCUAGAUUGUGGGCACAAUUUCUGCCAGGCCUGCAUCACUCGGUGCUGGGAGGGAUUGCAUACAAACUUCCGCUGUCCUGAGUGCAGAGAAACCUUCUCCCAGAGAAAUGUCAAACCAAACAGAAAGCUGAGGAAUAUUGUAGAAGCUUCCAGAAAACUUACACUGGAGCCAACAAAAGAACCAGAAGUUGGGAGAGUGUGUGAAAAACACCAGAGGGCUUUAGAUGUCUUCUGCCAAGAGGAUCAAACACCCAUUUGUUUGCUUUGCCAUCUGUCCCGAGAUCACAGAGAACACACUGUGGUUCCCAUAGAGGAGGCUGCCGAGGAGUACAAGGACCAAAUUCAGAGCCGUUUGGAGAUUUUGAAGAAAGAGAAAGAAGAGAUUCUGUCAUUUAAAUUGACUGGGAAAAUUAAAAGCCAGGAACUGCUGAAUCAGCUAGAAACUGAGAAGCAGAAGAUUGUGUCUGAAGUUCAGCAAUUGCGCCAGUUUCUGGAGGAACAAGAGCGACUCCUGCUGGCCCAGCUAGAAGAGCUGAAUCAGGAAAUUGAAAAGAGGAGGGAUGACUAUGUUGCCAAACUAUCUGAGGAAAUAUCUUCUUUCACUUCCCUGAUCAGUGAGAUGGAGCAGAAGUGCCAGCAGUCAGCAAGUGAAUUCCUGCAGGACAUCAAAAGCACCUUGAGCAGAUGCGAGAGGAAGACGUUUCAGAACCCAGUGGCCUUUUCUUCUGAACUGAAAUGGAGAAUCUGGGAAUCUUCUCAAAGAAAUGCCUCUGUGGAGACCAUAAUGAAAAAAUUCAAAGACUCACUGUCAUCUAGACAGCGGUUGGACAAAGCGAACGUGACUCUGGAUCCAGACACGGCCCAUCCCAAACUCAUUGUGUCUGCGGAUCAGAAAAGUGUGAGAGGGGGCACAUUGCAGGAACUACCCGACAACCCGGAGAGAUUUGACACUGCGCACUGUGUGCUGGGCUGUGAGGGAUUCACCUCGGGCCGACAUUACUGGGAGGUGGAGGUGCAGUGGGGGGGAGUCUGUGCUGUGGGGGUGGCCAGAGAGUCUGUGAGCAGGAAGGGAGAGAUUAGCUUUACCCCUGAGCAGGGGAUCUGGGCUGUGGAGUGCAGUGAGGAUCACUUCUGGGCUCUCACGUCCCCUCGGCAGCUUAUCCCCUUCCCCCCGAGCCGGGCACCCCCCAGGAUCCGGGUUUAUCUGGACUAUGAACUGGGGCAGGUGGUGUUUUUUGAUGCUGGUACCGGGGACCUGAUCGUCAUUUUCCCGCCGGCCUCUUUCGCUGGGGAGAGAAUCCGCCCAUUCUUCCGGGUGCGUCACAGAGGCUUAUGGGUGUUCCCGCGCCCAGGCGGCCGACUCACACUGUGUCCCUGAGCUGCCCUGUCUGUCCCCAUGAAACAGGCUCCUCUGUCCCCCUCUUCCCACUCC